UCUCCUUUUCCACAGGUACGAACCCCAUUCAUAUCAUCCACCUGUCGACGUAUCUCUAAACCAUUCAUAUCAUCCACAAUCUCGACGAUGGCUCACACUCAUUCUGCCCAAAGCCCAGUGAUUCAGCAGCAGAGAAUGAUAAUUCCGAACAAGCAUGGUGAAAAACUAGUGGGAUUAUUGCAUGAAACCGAGUCUAAAGAGAUUGUAAUCUUAUGCCAUGGUUUCAAAUCCACAAAGGAUUACAAUACUCUGACGAACCUUGCUGCUGCUUUAGAAAAAGAAGGAAUCAGUGUCUUCCGUUUCGAUUUUGCUGGAAACGGAGAAAGUGAAGGUUCAUUUCAGUAUGGUAACUAUUACCGAGAAGCUGAUGAUUUACACGCUGUACUUCAACACUUUUCAGGGGAAAAUCGUGUAGUAAGUGCAAUUCUUGGGCAUAGUAAAGGGGGAAUUGUGGUUCUUCUUUAUGCUUCUAAGUAUCAAGAUAUACAUAUAGUCGUAAACGUUUCUGGCCGCUACGACUUGAAGAGAGGCAUUGCAGAACGCUUGGGAGAAGACUUUAUGGAAAUAAUUAAGAAGGAUGGCCACAUUGAUGUUAAGAAUAAGACGGGAGGCGUUGAAUACCGUGUGACUGAGGAAGCUUUGAUGGAUAGCUUAAGAACAGACAUGCAUGAAGCUUGCCUCAAGAUUGAUAAAGAAUGUCGGGUGUUGACUGUUGACGGUCCAUGGAUCUGCUGAUGAGAUAAAUUCUGUUGAAGAUGCUUUGGAGUUUGCCAAGGUUAUACCUAAUCACCAAUUACACAUUAUAGAAGGAGCAAAUCAUGGGUACACCUCGCACCAAAAUGAGUUGGCAUCUACUGUUGUGAAAUUUAUAAAGUCAGCCUUAGAGCAAGACAAGGUUUCUUCCAAGUAGGUAGAGGCUGUAAACACAAAUCUAAAAUUUUCUCCACCAACAAAUGAGAUAUAGGUGACAGCUGAAAUAUUCCAGCAAUGUAAGCCCCUGCAGCUGUAAUUGAUCCCAGUUAUUUACGUCAUGUUAAACGGCCAUGCCAAGCUGGAAUUUGCUCACUCUGACUAGUUUGACCAAGUUCCAUGGAAGCUUGAGUUUCCAGUUGGUAUAAUGUUUAUUGCCAUUCGUUCUUAAAAGACAAUGCUAUGUAGUUUAUUUUCUUUUUAAUAAAUUACAGAGAUCUUGCAAGUGACUUGAUGUAAUUAUGGUUCAUUCAACACUGUAGUUUUCCUUUC